GCUCGGCCUGCAAACGGGGACAUGUCUGCCCCUUUCGGCGGCGCGGAGCGGAGCGGCGCAGAGCCGCGGGACUUGGCUUUGUCUGACGCUGGGAUGGGCUCGGCGCAGCCCCCUGGCGGCCACGGACGGUCGGCGGCUGUUUUCUGGGAUGCAACAGGCGCCGCUCGGCCCGGGGGGGCUCCAGCGCUGAACCUUUCCCCAGCGGGGCGUUUGCUGCCCCUCUGCUCGGGGCCCACCGCGGGGCGCAGACAGGCCAGGCCGGGGGUGUGUCUGCUCCGUUCCCUGGCGCCGUCCGGCCGCGGGCUCAGCCCAGCCGGCCCCGGCCCGACCCCCUCAGCCCACCUCGGGCGGGGGCCGCUCCCAGGCCUGGCCCCUUGCCGGGACCAACAAGAAAGGAUGAAAUCAACAGAUCUGUGCCUUAGCUCUCCAGGGGCUGAAGUUGUUCUAGCCACAUCAAGUGAUGAAAAAUACCCCCCUGAAAACAUCAUUGAUGGAAGUUCAGAAACGUUUUGGACAACAACAGGAAUGUUCCCCCAGGAAUUCAUUAUUAGUUUUCAUAAAUGUGUAAAAAUCAGCAAACUCACAAUCCAGUGUUACUUAGUGCGGAGUUUGAGGAUUGAGAAAAGCUUAUCUAAAGAUCCAGUAGCUUUUGAAGUGUGUAUCGAAAAAGAUUUACAAUACACAGAAGGGGCGCUUCAAACGGAAGAAUUUUCUCUUCCUGAAUUCCAAGCUACCUACUUGCGAUUCAUCAUCAAAUCUGCCUUUGAUCAUUUUGUUUCAGUGCACACAGUGACGGCAGAAGGAGUAGCAGAAAAUAUUUAAGACCAAAUUUAAAGAAUUGCCUCAAAAAUUAUUUGUAAUGAUAUUUGUAGCAUAAAGGAUAUAUUUAUUAUUCAAACAUUAUAUUAAAAUGGAUUUUUAAAA